UACUUCCUUGUGGACGUACUAACUGUAUGCAAAGCUUGCACCGCAUUUUCUUCAUCGCCAAGAAAACAUAUUGACGCAAUGGCGCACCCGCAGCACCGUUUUCCUUGUGCCUUAACGUUGGUUGUGACGUUAGUGUGCCUGUCCUCUGCCCAGCCGAUCUUUAAACCACCGCCAGACGACAAAUGCGUGUGUAAGGUCAGCCGUGAGGACGACAGUGCUCUCCAAUCAGAGGUGGAGCAGCUGAAAAUUGCCGUGAACCAACUUUCAGAGAAAAUAGAACCCACACAGGAGCUGCUGCAUCAAACAAAACAGAGUAUCCAAAAUUUUACAACUGGGCUUCAACAGUCUACUACGCUUUGCAUGACGACAACAACCACGCCGACAGAAGACCCAGCCCUGGCCUGUCAGGGGCCGGUAACAUCUUUCUCAGGAAGACAGACGAUCCGAGCCAUCGGAGACAACGGAGUUCUCCUGCGGGACCAUUCUUCCUCAUCUGACAACACCGAGAAAGCCUGGUACCUGCCGAAAUACAGUGGCAACACGAUCGAGGAGUACCGGACGAUGGACGACUUCGCUGUGGGAAACGUCGUGACCACAUACCGCCUACCUGGGUCGGCAGGCAGCGGUGGGAUGGCGUGGUGGGGGCACGGUCACGUUAUCUACAACAACUGCCUUUACUAUCAGCGGUUCCCUGAUUGCAUGUCGUAUAGUUAUGACUGUAGCAAUGAAAAAGCACAGAUAGUCAGGUACGAUUUGGGCCUCAGGGCUUUUACUGCACUCCAGUCUCUCCCAACUAUUCAGCUCUCCCAUUGGGUCGACGGCCCGACUUACGUCUACCUUGCUGUCGAUGACCGUAGUGUGUGGGCCAUUGGUAGUAAUAACGGUUUAAUUCAUCUUACUAAGCUAAACGCAAACCAUCUUGGGGUAGAAGAUAUCAUAGAUACAGAAUACACAAUUCCCGGUUCACACCUGGGUUCAAACAUUCCCCCGUUCAUUGCAUGUGGGAAAUUUUAUAGUAUUGUCCCAGAUAGCACAGGCAGCCGAAUGUAUGGAACUUCCAUAAUGGGUGCGCGAGCGACUCUUAUUCUGGAUCUAACCACUAAGCAGAAAGACACAACACAAGCUUGGUACUGUUUGCCUGUGAAAAGCCGACGCUACUUCUCGUUCAAUUCUCGCGAGAAUAAACUUUACGCAAUCGAAUCGGGAGCUUUGGUCAGCUAUAAUGCGACAGUUGGUGGGUCUUACCAUACCGACCUAGUGGCAUGUGCACCUUGAAACCACACGUCUACUGGCAUUUCGUUAUUUUUUUCACGGGGUUUGCUCAGCAAACUGAGUGGUAACUGGGUUCGUAUAGCUUAGAGUUUGUUUUAAAAGUGCUCUCCAUGGCAAUGGUACCACUGUACUUUCUGUGCAACAGUUGCAAAAAGUACAUAGUACUAGUAUGCAUGGGAAAUAUUUUGCAACAGUUCUAGUAGACAUGUCAUCAGUCUACACAUAUCAACAAGUUCUGCCACAUACCAGAAUUUUACAUUAUCAAAUAAUCAUAAUCGACUAGCAACUUCCAACAUUUUAAUAAAGGUAUGAUGUUCGUCCAUCGGGAGUCGAUGAGGACCUUGACUUCAGUUAUAUGGACUCAUAUAUUACAUGUAGUAUGAAUGGUUUGAUCUAACGUUUGGGGUGCAUUGUGUAAAUGACCUUCAUAGGAGUUGGACAUAUGGCAUGUGGAAAAUAUAGGUCUGUGUACAGGGAAAUCUGAAAAUGAUCUUACUUGUGAUUGACUGUAUAAAUACUGACUUUCUUCGCGAUAACUAUGGUAAGAAGUUACAUUCAUUUUUAACAGUAUUGCCGUUUGUGGGAAACUCGUUGAAGUGACCCGCUUUCUAGAUUUCUAGACAAUGUGCUGGUGCUUAUUUAGUGCUUUUUGUAGGAAAAUGUAUCUAGAAUUGAUAUGAGAUAUUUUUCUCGACAAAGGGUUUCCUUAAUUACCUAAGAAAAGAUGACAACAUUCCUGUGCAAGCCCCUUUGCAACAUGUACAGUUAAAUGAGGGUUCAAAAACGGUUUGUUUGAAAGACGAUGU